GGGCAAGGCUUCGUGUCACUCCAAGGGGUUUGAGCCAAUAGUGAAGUCGGGGGCUCCUCGCGCUCGUCCGCUAUUGGCUUCGCCGCCUGGUGGGCUCGCCCCUUUCGUCCCCCUUGAAAAGGGCUAUAAGCGCCUGAGGCGGACGAAGCGAGACCGGCUCGGACGUGUGAAACUGUGCCAGGCAUCGGGCGGCGGGGCGGUCAUGGCGGCCGGGCUCGUGCUACUGACGCUGGGCUCCUUGCUCUGCGCCCUCAGAGGCGCCUCGGCAGCAGGGGCCAAAAUCACAACCUCUCCUGAAGUAACUUCUGGAUCAAAUGUGAUCAUUUCAUGUAACAUAAGUGACGCGCCAACACCUAUCAAAGGCAAUUACUGGAUGAAAGGGGAGACAAAGCUUGAUUCCAAUGUGACUGCUCUGGAUUUUACCUCCUACAUGAUCCCCAAGGUGGAUUACGAAACCUCGGGAGAGUACCACUGCGUCUUUGACACCACGCCCCCCUCAAAAGCAACGGUGCUCGUAAAAGUUAGUCCCAAUGUAAUACCCUACAAGAAGAUGGAGCAUGGAAACGAAGGAGACGCAAUAAUGCUGACUUGCAAGUGCAAUUCUUACCCCCCUGUUACCCAGUGGACUUGGUACAAGAUAGUAGACCAGGUGCCUCAGCCUGUUGCCAAUGGCACCGAAGAAAGAUUCUACGUCCGAUCCAACGGCACCAGGACAGAUCUUCGGAUCAUUUCUUUGAACUUGGAGAAGGACCCCGGGAAUUACGUGUGCAAUGGCACCAAUGAAGUCGGCGAAGGGAGCGCAGAGGUGAACCUGAGGGUGCGGAGCCGGCUGGCUGCUCUGUGGCCAUUCCUGGGGAUUGUAGCGGAGGUGUUGGUCCUGGUCACAAUCAUCUUCAUCUACGAGAAGAGGAGAAAGCCCAAUGAUGUUCCUGAGGAUGAUGAUGGAGGCUCUGCACCCCUAAAAGGCAACACUGCAAACAACAUGGACAAGAACGUGCGUCAGAGGAAUGCAAAUUAAGCCCACGGCAAGGUGGCACAUGAGACCUAAGCAGACGGCUUAGAUGUUUCUUCUGACACUUUCCUGCUGUAAAACCAAGAAUAUUUCUAGAACAUCCUUGCAUCCUUUUUUUAAAAAGGAAAACAAAAAAGCAGUGAGAGAUCUAUUAGCCUUUUACGUUUUAACCACACAUAAAAGUUUUUUCUUCCCGUCUUCACUGCUGAAUCUUGAGAGUUGGGGAAAGGAAAAUGGAAGGCAUGGGGAAAUGACAGUUCAAGAAAAUGUUGCCGGUUAGUCUUAAGAACCAUCAUCCCUCACUCAAGAAUGUGCUUUUCUCUCUCCCUCCCUCCCUCUCUCUCUCUCUCUCUCUUUCUCUUCUCUCUUUUCUCACUUUUUUUUUUAGUAGCAGACCAUAGGGGGAGUUAUUAAAUUAGUCCCAAUUUAAUGAUGCAGUAGCAUGAAGCAAUCCAGAGUUUUAAGUCACCUUCAACUUUAGGAAGGGCACAGCUUCGGCCCUUGAAUAAGUUCGGCCAGUAGAAGAGUUUGCCUCCCCUUCUCUUCCUUCCUCACUUGGUCUCCCUGGACCAGAAACUCCCCCAGUCUCACACGCCAUCUUCUCCGAAUCCCGGAGCGAAGAUGCCACGAAACAAAGGGCGGCGUGCUGCUUGCAUGUCAGCGUGUUUGUGUUUGGCUUCUCGAGCUUGGAAGACGACCGCCGCCUCCUGCCAUUCCUCUCUCCGGCCACUUGAGCCCUUUCGGGUCUCUCCCUGGAGAGACAAACAACGAUGGUGCCAUAAUUGCUCGGAAGACAAAGAUAAGGACAGUGACUUUCCUCCUGCCUCCUCCUCCCCCCGCCCCAAUCGCCCCGCCUCGGUGACAUCCAGAAGGGAGGCGAGAGUCCGAAGCUCAUAUGUUAUGUAGGGUUGUCUUUCCAGCUUAUCUUGGUGGUGUGUCCUUUCAGCCUCGUGACAUUUUCAAGUGGCAAAUAAUCACGGAGGCCGAAAGACACAAGCCAGGUUGACGUAGCUCUCGCGCAGCUCCUCCCAUCUUGUUCCCGACACCCGUUGGCCUCUGCCAAGCAAGGGAGAGAACGGUCUUUACAGCCUGUUGGGCUAACCCUUGUUUUGGUUACCAUUGGAAUAGGUUAUUAUUUUAAAUAAGCCAAACUUUCUCUCAAUAAAACAAACUCGGUUGUUUU